AUUUUCCCAGGCAGCAGUUGUUGCAAUAGCGAGGCGAAGCGGAGGGGGAAGCGACGGCUGCUGCUGCAGCUGACAGCGCAGCACUUGUAAGUCGCUCCCGGAGAAGCCAGGGGUGCUCCGUGCCAAACUGCUCCCCUUGCACGCACAGCUCGCGAACUGUCUCGGAUUUAGGAUUAACUCGCCUGUUGAGAGAUGAUCUUGGCUGGAUUAUUUCAAGUAAGUAAGGAAUUUCAUCUUUCUGGAUUUAAAUGCACAGGGUGAAAGAGGGGGAAAAUAAUAAUGCCCCGUAGAGGAAACAUUUUGCUCCCUUUCCUGGUUGACUUUUCCUGACCUUCUGCGAGGAAGGCGUGUGUCGCUCAGCCAAAAUCGACCCACGUAUCUCUCUCUCUCUCCUUUUUCUUUUUUAAAAAUAAAGCCAAGUAUCUCAUAUAUAUGUAUGUGAAUGAUAUCUGUGAUCUGAUGAUGAUGAUUGUACAAUUUGGCUUGGCCAUCGCCUGCUCUUCCCGUUGCCAUCUGCAUUUGGGCAUUUAGAUAAGGUAUGAGGGGACGUUGUGAUCCGACUUAGAAUUCUCUUCUUACUAAAUAAAAAUAAAAAUCUUCUAGCCGCCCCCGCUUUCCCAGUUGAGGGGGAGUUUGUCCCUUGCUCGUGUGUGCCAGAGUGGUGGCGAGGGAACCUUUCGCUGGGCAAGGGCUGGCGGAGCCCACGCGCCCCCGGCUUGACAAACGCAGCUGCCCCUGAGCGCCUUGCCGAAGGCGCUCUUCGCCUCCUUCCUCCUGCGCCUCUGCCUCGCCGGGCUACGCAGUGGCUCCGGAGCCUCCUCUCUCUCUCUCUCUCUCUCUCUCUCUCUCUCUCUCUCUCUCCAUAAUAGGGCACUUUAGAAAGGCGAGCCGCUGGAGUGUCGGCUCCUGGCUGCCUGACCUUUGCUCCCUCGCGUUUUAUUUCAUGCAACAGCCCUGCAACGACGACUACGCCUCUCUUCCUCCCACCCCACUCCCCACCGAUUUGUUUUUGCUAUUUUAAAGCCUCACUUCACCUUUCUGUCCAUCUUGUGAUGUUGAACUUGGAGAGAAAAGGGGAUCAGAUCUGGAAUAAAACUGCGCAGGUUGGGUGCGCCAAGGGGCUCUCUCCUGGACUUGUGCGCAGCGAACCCGGAGUGUGUGUGUGUGUGUGUGUGUGUGUGUGUGUGUGUGUGUAGGGGAGAAAAGGAAUAUGAAGAAAUAAAAUAGCGCCUGGCUCUUUUGCUCAGGGCCUUCUCCACCUAUGGCGUAGUACAGAUCUAUAGGCGAGGCUGGCGUUUGUGCUGGAAGCAGCCGUGGCGUCCCAGCGCCUGGCAAACCGAGAGGAGCCUAGAACCCCUCGCAGAUUCUGGCCACCCAGGACCUCGAAGGCAGCAGCCCUGGUUGCUAGCGAGGAGGGCGAGCCGGCCUGUAGAGCUUGUCGGUGGGCGUGCAGAAGGGCAUCACCGGGAUGAAUGCUACAGGGAGGGAGGAGAGGGGAGGAAAUCAAUCUCUUCUCCUCUCUUCUCCCCCUCCCCACCCUCAUUUUUUUUCCUUGAGAGGAGAGCAUGCAAUGCAUUGCAAGGGAGAGCCUGACGCGCCUGUAACCCAACCUUCCCAUCGGGCCUGAAAUGUCAAUGUCAAAAUCUCCUCUUGCUAAACUGAGGUGGGGGGGGGGAUAAAGGACGGUUUGCUCAGCUGAUUUCCGCUCUGAGGUGAUUUUGCUAGGGAGCCUCUUUUUAGUAUCUCCGAAGGAUUUCGACAGAGAAAAUAAUUCGCAAGGGAAAGCCAGCUGUUUGCAGAGAUUUCCAAGUGGGCUUCAAAGCUCCCCUUCCUCUCCCCCAACCCCUAUCCUUCAGCCUUAAUCAGCAUGUUCAAUAUUUAACAUAGCUUCCUUGAUGUGUUUAAAAGUAGUGUCAGCUUGUGGACUAUGAUCUCCACCACUGGCUUCCUUUUCACCAGCUUGUGGCUAUGAUCUCCACCACUGGCUUCCUUUUCACCAACCCACUUGUCUUCCAAACAAACACUCACACACACACAUAUAUAUAUAUACCGGUAUAUGAAUGGUAGAAAUGGGUGUCUGGUGAGGGAGAGGCAGUUCUCAAGUUCUUGGAACCCUUCUGAGGAUGUCUCCAUUUGAUAAAUGCGCUGCUUUCUACAGCCUGCUGUGUCCCAUUCAUACUAGGAGCCCUAGUUUGAUAUUGACACGUUAAAUAAAAGCACCUUUUAAAAGGAAUGUCUCCUUCCCUGGAAGAAAAAAACAAAGCUGUGGCUAAUCUUUGAAAGCAUAAAAAACAAAAGUGUUUCUAUUGAGUAAUGACUAACUCUGUUUAUGCAGGAUGAUGUUAUCUUCGGAAGCCUGUUAGCAUCGGGCUUCAUAAAAUGGCAGCAAGGAGCCUUUUUUCUUCCAUUACAAUAUCUAGUUUUCCUCAAGUCUGGCUCAAAUUGAGCAUAAAAUUCAUUAGAGGUAUUGAGAGCACCAUUUACCAGGCCUGGAUUCUUGUUAGAUUUGCCUCUCGCUUUUGACAGAUGGGAGUGUGGAGGUUGUGGAAACCUUAAAAGCCUGCUGGAAGUUUGAUCCCAAACACACUUACUCAGAAGUAAGAACCACUGAGUUCAAUGUGCCUGGUAAGUGUGCUUAGGAUUGUGUACUUAGCACAGUCUCCUGUACUUUGGCAUCUCAAUAAUUAAAAGUUUAAACAAAACGAAACCUCAGAGAUGUUUGCCAAUGUGAAAUCAGGUAUUGCUUGGUGCGUAUAUUAGAGGCCAAAAAAAAAAAAAAGGAGUUCCCAGAGAUUUGGAUAUCCUGCCAAAAAAAAAAAAAGGUCUAGCCGUGUUUGAGCUGAAAUAAUGCACAGUUGGCCAUGAUUCUCCAAAAGAGUUGUUCAGUCACUUCAGGAUUUCACAAUCGCCAGCAACCAUUUGAUGUCUUGCGUUGAGCACUCAGGUGCCUUUUCUCAAGGACCUCAUCCUUCUGGUCUUGCUUAUUUGUUUACGUAGUUUCUCUCCAAGAAGCCAAGGCUGCUGGGCACAAGGACCACUCGAUUCCCUUGAUUUAGCAGGGCUUGGAAAGGGCAAAAAUGGUUGAUGAAGAAAUCUGAUGCUAGUUUGCUUUACUGUAGGGUGUUGUUUAGACCUGGUAAAAUACGUGGGUUGGAAGCAAAUCUUUUAAUGCACACCUGCUGAUACGUUUCAAGAAAGUGCUUUAAUGUAGCUUUAUAGUCUUUUUAACACUCUGGGAUGUUUUGUGAAGGUGGAUGCUCUAUUUUCCUCCCAACCUCCCUUCCCCUUAUCCCACAGUGCUUACAUGUAAUUUGAGUCUUGUUAACAGUGGCUCCUUUCCUACUGCUGGCCUGGUCAGUUCCUGAGAAUCUGCUGCUUCCUUCCAGUGGAAGGUGGGCUGGGAAAGCCUUCUGAUGCCCUUUAGGGUUUUCCUGCUGUGUGGUUCAGUUUUCUGCCCUUUUUAUAGUCGUGUUUCAGCUUUCAAGCUCCUGUCCUCACAGCUGGAACUAGUAAAGCUAGAAGCGUCACCAGACAACACAUUGCAGUGUAGUUCCAGGUAGACUUUUUGGUCCGAUUCAGCAGGGGCCAUCUCCUCCUUAAAGGUGCAUUCCCCUGGCAACUGGAAAAACAAUAACUGCAUGCAGCAGAAUAACUCAUCAGAGUUGGGAGGGAUCUUGAAGGUCAUCCAGCCUAACCCCCUGCUCUCUGCAGCUUGCAACUACAGCAUCUCUGACUGUUGACCUUCUAGAUUCUUCCUUAAAAACCUCCAUAAAAGGAGAGUCCACCACUACCAGAGGCAAUCAGCUCUUGGCAAGAGGACAUUUCUCCUAAGCUUUCACCAAAAUCUCUUCCUAUUACCAUUUCCAUUCUAGUCCUGCCAUCUGGGUUAGCAGAGUCUCCUCCAUCUUCCACAUGCCAACCCUUCAGGGAUAUAGAAAUGGCUAUCAUGUCUCCCCUUAAUCUUCUCUUUCCCCAGGCUAACUAGAUCCAGCUCUCCAACUGUUCCUCAUAGGACCAUACAAAGUGCUGUGCAAUGCAGGGAGACAGGACGUGCUUGGAAAUCCAGCUGACCUUCAAGCUGGGCCCUUCUGCUUUGCUUCCAGAAGGUUUACCUGCUCAGGCAUAGAAGGGAGACUACAGUCAUGACCCUAUCAAGAAUUGUGGCUUAUUGGAGUGACACCUGUUUGGUUGUGUUUUAAAAAAUGAACUCGCCAUAGCAUCUUUCUAGUUUGAUUUUUCUCUGCAGCAUGACAAUUGCUUGACCCCUCUUGACAGGUAAGCUGUCUUCUGUUUUCAUGACCACACAAACAAUUUGCACCCUGCAUUUACUCAGAAAAGCAAAGAGCUUCUCUUCAGAUUCUUUCCCUGUUGCCUUGCUCGUUUCCAGAAGUUCUUUUGUUCAAGAGGAAUGAAUACUUUCUUAUUCCCUCUCGAUUCCUGCCAGGCUUCUCUGGGACAUUCAGCAAGAGCAGUUAAAAGUUCCACAGCUAUUGUAUGUUUGCUCCGUUCAGAAGGCUUCUGCUGCUCUUUCUUGACCUGUUCUUUUUUGGGGACAACUUACAAGUUCUCCAAGCUUCCCACGAUUUACAUUGCUUUACAUUCAUAGGUACAGUGCACUCUGUUCCAAGGGCACAAUCCACAAUCCAACCACACUCAACAGGACUUGGAAACCCUUAGCUGAAUCAUGCCUGCAUGUGUUGUUCGAAACAUAAUUCUUGGCUAGUAUCCUGCGAAAUAUGCUAGCUUCUUGCUAUAGUUCGCAGUAAGGGGUGACCAAGAUGGAAAAGCAUAGAUAUGAUGAUGAGCCAGUGUGGUGUAGAGCUUAGAGCACUGGGCUAGAAAGACCCAGGUUCAAAUCUGCACCCAGCAAUGUCCUUCACAUUGGGUCACUCACUGUCUCUACAUAAUCUACCUCAAAGGGUUGUUGUGAAGGUUAAACAGAGUGGGGGGGGGAAGAGCCAUGUAUGCCGUCUUGAGCUUCUUGGAGGAAAGGUGGGAUAUAAAUGGAGAUAAUAAUAAUAAUAAUAAUAAUAAUAAUAAUAAUAAUAAAUAAUUACAGUCCACCCCUUUUUAUUAUGAAUAUGCAAUAAUGUCUCCUGAGCUUCUGGAAGAGGUUGAAGGGCUGGUUUCCAAAGAAAUCAAUCUUCUAUGUGAAUGUACACUCAUUUUAGACUAUACAUCUAAUGUCCUCCGCCAUUCAAUUGGCUCUCCUACUCUCUGCUUGGAAAUUAAUCCCAUUCUGUUGCACGGUAUUUACCCCCAAGUAUGGGUGCAAGGAAGUGCAGCCUUACUUCAGUACUUUGACCUUCCUGGAAGAAAAGGUGGUAAGAAGAAAUCCAGGGCAGUCCCAGAACAAUUUAUAUGGUGUUCAGAGUCCCAUUUUGGUGAGCUGUUGAACGGAAGGUAACUGCGUGGAGUGGGUGGACUGAUGCGUUCCUGGAGGAAGGUUCUUAUUUCAAAAAUCCAUCUCAGACCAUCGAGUGCUCCAUCCAUUCUGAGCCUGAUCUGCCUGAGAUGUUCUCAUUUGUACUUCCCCUGGCAUAAGAGUGGGUGAAUUUCCUCGUGAUCUCUGGGCUUUGGUGCUCUCUGCCACGACUUAGAAUUAUACGACUCUAGAGUCGGAAGGGAUCCCAAGGAUCAUCUAGUGUAGAUUAACCCUGCUGGAUCAGGCCAUUGUAGGCCCAUCUAGUCCAGCAUCCUGUUCUCACAGUGACUCAUGGGAAACCUGCUAGCUGGGCCUGAGCACAAGCGCAGGCUCCACUCCUAUAGUUUCCAGCAACUGGUUUUCAGAAGGAUUGCUGCCUCCAACCAUAGGGGCAGAUCUCCAUACAUACAGAGCCAUCCGUAGCCUUGGGCAUUUCAGGACGACAGUCCUUUUUAUUUCAAUAGGCAUCUCAAAGCAGUGCAUAGCCUACUAGCUACCACUGUUGCACACUCUGUGUGUCUCAAUAGUACACAUAUGCAGAAGACCCACGGAAAUGAAUCAAGACUCCAGGGCAGUGUGCCUGGUGGGUUCCAUCAUUUUUGUAACUUUCCUAUUGUCAGCCCCCCUCCCCCUUUCCCCCUUUUGAGGUCUGGCCGUCUGCAGAGGCUUCUUUAUUUAUUCCUAGCUCUCUUUCAGGGAACUCAAGGCAUCUACACAGUCUCUCCCAUUUUAUCCUCGCAACAGCCUUGUGGAGUAGAUUCAGCUGAGAAGUAACAACUAGCCCAAGGUCACUCAGUGAGAUUCAUGGCUGAGUGCUUAUCUGAACCCAGGUCUCCUGUGUCCUAGCGCUACGCUGACUUUUGGCUAACGUUCCAUUUGUAGUUUUAAACAUUUUAAAAUUUAAAGCAUCCCCCCCAGCCUCACCCAUAGCGGAUUAUGUAAUAUCAACAAGACAGACUUACAAUUUAAAUGGCAUGUCCCAAAAGGAAAAGGGGUUCAGAGGGAUGAAAAAGCAGACUUGGGGACUAGUCCUUUUUUGUGAAGUUCUUGGAAUGACCUGCUGGAACAGAAAAAGCUCAAGGAGAGGAGGUGCUGAAAUUUGCUGGUUUAUCAGGUGAGCUGGUGCAGCUCCUGCAUCCCUGUAGCCUGACCAGAUGGCUGCUGCUAAGUGACAAUUGAGGGAGGAGCCUGACAAUGUCAGUAGUGGUGGAACUCACUAGCCUUCUGUUCUUAUUGCACCAUGUAUUCAUAGGCCUGGGAGCACCAAAUACUUUAGCAUUCUUGAAGCUAAGGAGGUGUGAACUAGACCCUUGCCUGUAUGGGCGUGGGGGAGAUACCUCAUGUAAGUCUUUCUAAAGGAAGUAUAGGGUAAAUAAUGAAAAGGACUAUGGAUUCUAUCCUCUCACCUCACCCCACCCCACCGCCCCUUAUAGGCUAAUGAAGAGUUACGUGUUUGUAAUCAGAAUAUAUUGUUGGCUUCCCCUGAACCAAGGAUUUUAUUGGAUGUAUAGAACACAGGAAAAAUACAAACAACUAAUCUUCCCCCAUCCCUCUUUCUUCAGAGAAUAUAUUAUUGGCUUUGGUACAAUUUGGAGAGGAUUUAGGUCAUCUGCGACUGACAAACCUAAUAUAGUAAAAGAUCCUGCUUUGUUUCCUUCCUAUGACACAGUAAAUCUUCAGGCCAUCAAAUCACGUUUUUCAGCAAGAAAAUGUGGGUAAAAUGGGAAAACAAGGAUUUUAGACAGUUAAGAGAUUACUUGAAGUGAUCUCCCAUCUCUUCCAAAUGCUACAGGUUUUGUGGGAGGAAAUCCAAACAGGCAGCUCUGUUCAAAAAAUAACAACUACAUGUAUUAUUAAAUGUAUUUACCACUUAUGAGGGACGUGGGUGGCGCUGUGGGUAAAACCUCAGCGCCUAGGACUUGCCAAUCACAUGGUCAGCGGUUCGAAUCCCCGCGGCGGGGUGCGCUCCCGUCGUUCGGUCCCAGCACCUGCCAACCUAGCAGUUCAAAAGCACCCCCAGGUGCAAGUAGAUAAAUAGGGACCGCUUACCAGCGGGAAGGUAAACGGCGUUCCGUGUGCUGCGCUGGUGCUGGUUCGCCAGAGCAGCUUUGUCACGCUGGCCACGUGAUCCGGAAGUGUCUGCUGACAGCGCUGGCUCCCGGCCUCUAGAGUGAGAUGAGCGCACAACCCUAGAGUCUGGCAAGACUGGCCCGAACAGGCAGGGGUACCUUUACCUUUACCUUUACCACUUAUACAGUCGUACCUUGGUUUUCGAACAGAAUGCGUUCCAGAAGUCCGUUCAACUUCCGAAACCUUCAGAAACAAAGGCGCAGCUUCCGAAUGGCUGCAGGAGUGUCCUGCAGCCAAUCAGAAGUCGCAGAAGUCAAGUCGGACAUUCAGCUUCCAAGGCAAAGUUUGCAAACCGGAACACCUACUUCCGGGUUUGCGACAUUCGAGUUCCAAGUUGUUCGUGAACUAAGCCAUUUGAAAACCAAGGUACGACUUUAUAACUAAGCAGCUUACAACUAUGAAAUCAAUAUAUAAUUAAAAUACACAACAACAAUUCUACCGGGUCACUAAAACAUCCUUAAUUCAGUUAUACAACAAAACAAGCAAUUAAAAAGCAUGCCGGUCAUAGUGGAUAUAUUCUCACAAGGCAUUUUGUUUUUGUUCUUUAUUUGUUGUAACUGGUCUAAUUCUGUUCAUUAAAGUUUAUUUUUAAAGGAAAAAACAUGGCCAUUAAAACAGUUAAAAACAAAAACAAAAAACAGUUAAAGUAAUAGAAUCAUUUCUGGACACCUGUUUAUAGUGCUACUUGUACUGAUUUCAUUUCUUAGGGACAGGAUCCUUUCUCUUUCCUAUAGGUGUACUAGGAUUCCAUUUUCAAUCAAGUUCCAUUUUAAAUCAGUGAGACUUACACUGGAAUACUUAAGGGCAGACAGAUGUGGUCUGAAACACUUCUAGAAUCCUGGGGCAAGCGUUGAACUUGAGCUCAGGCUGAAGCUGAGUGUGUGCUUGAUUGAAAUCCUGAGGUGAAAAAAUAAGUAUAGAUAGCAGUGGCAAAGUCUGGAGAAGUGACUCAAGGUGCUAAUGAGUUCGAUGGUGGCUGGUGUACUCUGUCCUUUCUUGCCCCAUUGCACUGACAAACAAUCUAUUGAUGAUCCCCAAAGCAAGUUUGAAUCACGGAAUCUAAGUGCUAGUGAUUUAAAAAUAGGUGGCCAUGUGGUCCCUUGCAAUAGCUAUGCCAUCCCUAAAUAUGCCAGCUGCAGGACAGAUGAGAAGUGAAGUGCUUGUGAUUUUAGUCCCAUGCACCUUCAUACUGCACACUCACCUUUAAACCAUAGUUAGGUUUAACAGUGGUCUAAAGGGAUGCUUGAGCAAUGUGUGUAUACAAAUAGAUCUUUAUAAAGGCUUUAAUAUACCACUGCACUGUAUGGCCCUGUUGAAGAACUCUUAAAACAUUUCACUAGUUCUCAACUUGUGCUCUAUACCUUUCAGUGUCGGAGACCUAUGUGCCUAGCAGGAACACAGUUUUGUCUCCCGCAUCACACACAGAGCCCAAGAUCUCUGCCAGACCUUGCAAGGUGACCUAAAACACUCAGAACCUGCAAGCGAUGUUAAAUCUGCUUCCUCUGACUUACCAGAUCAGCAAACAAAUGUUUAGCUAGCAAUAAUGCAGUUUACAGUAUGCCAGGAUUUAGAAUUCCUGAAUAAAGCUGGGGGCUUCCAGCUGAGAUGAAACAUGCAGGUGGUGAAAAUGUCUAGUUUGUACUUUAUAUUGGAAAAGCUUAUUCCACCUACAUGAACAUUUUAUUUAUUUAUUUAUUUAUUUAUUUAUCAGUUCACAUCAGGCAUGAACUGUUAGUGCCCAUCUUAACACUAGAUCAUUGCACUCAAUGUCCUGAAAGUAUCUGAUGUAGUUGCAUCUCUUGAAGCUAAGCUGGUGCAGAAUGUUCUUGAAUGGGAAAAGAACACAUGACUGACACCCCCUCAUCCCCAAAACCACUCAGGUCAGUUUGGAGAGUUGAGUGGAAUUCAGAUGCAGCCUCAUAAAACAAUGCAUUACAUUUAAAAUUUGAGUUGAAAUGACACACCUUGUGGACAAAUUUCAAGGAUCUACGCUGAAAGUUGCUGAGCAAAUGGAAAGACUUAAUUUUAAGAAAAUGGAUGUAUAUUUGUUGCGUAGGGAGUAAUUUGCUAUUUUUUUCGUUGUGCAUAGGUCUGCAAUGCUUCUUAGUUCAGGGCCAUUUCAAAUGUGCAAGAAUAGCAUGAAGUUCAGUUCUUCAGAGUGCUGGUGGAGAAUUGUACGUCUGAGCAUUCCGUGCUUUAAAAAAAGCAGGAAAAGAUCUCUGCAUGCAGAAAGCUAGCAAGUCAGGAAGAAGGCAAGGAGAAAUGCACUCUGAGCUUUCCAAGUGAAACAGAAAAAUGUUUUAGCGGGAAACAUUCAAAUACGUAUUCUCCCACUUGCCUUCCAAAGUGAUAUAGUUUAGAAUGAAGAAUGACCCAUAGUUGCUGCAUAUUUGAAAUUUAGUUAUAGAUGACUGUUCUGAAAACCCAAUGUGCUGAGGUGGUGGUGAAUAGAUCUAACUAUUUCAAUAUCUUGUCAGCCAGAGCUCUAUCUGCAGUUCACCUAGACAUUUUGUUUCAAAAGCUAUAAAAUAAAAUAUAUGUUUUCUCUCCCAGUUGAAGUUACACGCUCAACCUUUAAAAUCUGGGCUGGUGAUUCGAUCAACACCGAAAUAAAGGGCAACUGGUGGGCUUGCUUAACCUCACUCCUUUCAUAUAUUUCUGUCAGCAUUUGUACCACCAACAAUCAAGGCUGAAAACUAGCUCCUCAGUGGGAAAAAAUUCAUGUUUCUAAGCUGCAUAGCAUAGUUCCCUAAGCUCUAUUAUGGCUAAUACAUUCUAACCUUCAGCAAAUACUGCUGACAUUGGGCCUUUGAGCAAAAAGAAAAUGCAAAUUUCCCUGAAUCCAUGCUUAUUGACAGGUUUUGGUUGUAUGUGUAUGUUUUUAGAUCUAGCAUAUUUUUUUUCAGGUUUCAAAAAUUCCUAACUUUAAAAGAUUAAUUGACAACAAAUGGCGUGGUUGUUGUUGUUUUUUAAAGGAAAAUAAUAAUAAUAAUAAUAAUAAUAAUAAUAAUAAUAGGUGCUUGACUUUUCCUCAAAAUAUUGUUAAAAUCUGACAUUGGCAUGAAGGUCAAUGCCACCAGAAGUCUAGAGAUAACGUCUAUCUUGUUCUUGGACUUGCACAGCACAUGCUGUUACCAAGCUUCCAGUAUAGUGAGAACUAACCCAGAAAAUUAAAGUACAAUAUGUCCUGGCCAUGGAUGGAGGUUCCUCAGCUCAGUUUCAUUUUAAACCUCUGCUCUGGCCCCAUCUCAGAGUUGAGGAACCCUGCAGUCUAGAAGACUCCACCAAGUCAUGCUGCUGUUGUGCAGGAUUAUUGUUCCUCGCAGAAGGUCAUGAAAAUUAAUUUUAUUAUUAGGGUUUUUUCUCAUAUUCACACCGGUAUGUCGCAAAGGGCUCCUCCAGAUGUCCUUUUGAUUGCACAUUCAUGAGGAUUUGUGCUCCUGAUGCACCUUCAAAAGUGUCAGGGUGGUCCCACGGGGUGGUUCCAGUCAGUGCGUACCCUGUAGCAUCCUGCUAAAAUCCUGUAACUCUUUAUACAGCAAAGGUUCUGGCUUAUUUUUGCUCCACAUCUGUUGCACUGUAGCCCCUCCAGAGAGCAAGAACGUGCGGAGGAAUCACAAUCACCAGUCUGGAGGGCCCCUAAAUGUGUAGGAGUUGUACUUGUUGAUGAUUAGCUAAGAAUGUCAUCUGUGCUUGUUGCUGCUACUGCAACAGCAUGGCCACCAUUCUGUAGAGAAGCAUAAAAUUCCCUAUCCAGGAUCAAACUCAGGAGAAACUGCCAGUUUGUGGUAGAAACCUAUUAUGCUCAGCAGUAAUUGGCCAGUGCUUGCACCAUCACAAACCCACCAACCUUGGGGCCUUGUUUUGGGUAGCUCUUUAAAAUGUACUUUCUUCUUUUAUAAAAUAAAAAGGGCCAAAUAAAUGUUUAAAUGAAUUAACCCUACUAUGAUUUAAAAACAAAAUAGCUGGAAAGCCUGGCUGAGGAUUUUAGGAGAAGGGGCGAGGUAGACAACUGCGAUCAGCAUUAUAAUUGCUGAAAAGCACAUCUGCUCCAAUGCAUUUUGAAAUGGAGAAGGGGGCAAAGGAGGAAGGCUGACUCCACAAGACAAAAAAAAGAUGAGCUCUGUUUUUAAAAGUUUAUUUGUUUAACAGGGAUAGGCAACCUAAGGCCCUCGGGCUGAAUGCGGCCCAAGUGCCUUCUCAAUCUGGCCCACAGACGGUCCGGGAAUCAGCGUGUUUUUACAUGAGUAGAAUGAGUCCUUUUAUUUAAAAUGCAUCUCUGGGUUAUUUGUGGGGCAUAGGAAUUUGUUCAUUCCCCCCCCCAAAAAAAAUAGUCUGGCCCCCCACAAGGUCUGAGGGACAGUGGACCGGCCCACGGCUAAAAAAGGUUGCUGACCCCUGGACUGUGAGCCAAAAUCUAGUAAAUCUAGUAAAGCACUGCAAGUCCCACUGAUUUCAUGGGGAAGAGUGUUUAAGUACGGUACAUGCUUUCCUAUCUAAAAUAAAUGAGAUUUUAAAAAGCAUAGGGCUGCAAUCCUAGAUGCAUAUGAGGCCCAUUGAACCCCAUGGGACUUAUUUCUGAGUGGAUUGCAUAUAGGAUUUCACUGUUACUCUAAAUGUGCUGUGUGUCUGUGUCUAUAUUUGGUCUUUUGAGUUAUUUUUUUUCUCUGUGCGUUACUUAUGAUGAGGCGCACUGUGCCAGUCCUCACAUUUUUCUCUGGGUUUCUGAAGCUCUAGUUUUCCUCCUCUAAUUGUCUCUCUCUCAGUCCUUCUACAGAUUUCAACAGCCUCUCCUCUCACCCUUGGCUAGGAAUGGUUUUGGUCGGCUUCUUCUUUAAAUUGUUCUUUUAAAAAUAUAAUUAAUAAAUAAUAUAAAGGUCACAGUGAGGAAGUGGCAGCUCCACCAGAAAACAAUGUGUACUCUCUAAAUUUGAACCAAGCCAUUUCCGCUCUUUGAUUUAAGUUUAGUUGCUUCCUGUGGUUUCAUGUCCUGCACUCCAGUUGAAUCUCUGGAUGGGCUCCAGUAUAAAUUGCACUCUUCCAAUGAAAUUAGAGACUAGCAAUAGAUGGGUCAGCUAGUAAACAGCAUUUAAACCAAAUACUAUGCUGCUUGGUGUUUGGAUGAAAAAUAGUCUGAAUAUUUGAAAGGAUUUUGUGCCCUCUACUCCAAUUUUCAGCUAGGUCACUAAACUUUGUUUUCAUCCAUAAUCUCUGAAGUUAGUUUUUGCCUUCUGUUACUUUUCUAGCUCUACAUCGGGGACUAGUAAUAAUGAUUUUAGAAACUGAAACUAAGAAGUCUGCUUUUAAGAAAUUUGUAUUCUGGUUACUGUUAUUACUGGGAAGAGAAAGGUGAAAAUGCAGAAAGCGUUGGCUGUUCAAAAACUUAAUGCUAAAUCACAGUUUACAAAACCUGCACUCCCUUAUGCACCACUCCCUGCUUCUCCUUCAGCACAGUCACAAGUAGGAGACCAGAAGCUUUUGUUCUUAUUUUAGAUUUACCAUAGUUUAGCUUUCAGGCUUCAUGCAAUCUCCGCUAUGCCUUGUUGAAACAAGCCAACUUCAAACCAUUGUUUAUGAAGCUAACUUGCUUCAACAAAGCAUAGUUAAAGCUAAUCUCAGUUUAGGGUUUGGACAUAGCAGUAAAUUGUGGCUAAUCUCUAAUGGGAGUGGAAGUUUCCAAUCUCCUCAUGUUUGUGUUGGAGGAAGGGAGGCACGAUAUUGCGUGAAGAUGCAGCUGUGUCCUAGUCGAGAAUUUACCGAUCUGAAAGUAAUGGAUGCUUGAGGAAUGUAAGUACCCGUUAUAUAAGUGCUCCAAAUCUGUGCACCGUUCUGACUCUUAAGAGCAAAUGGGCCAGAGCCAAAGUAAAAACGAGUUGCAAAAUUGCUUAUUGCUUCUGAUCAUUUGUUAUACUUAAGUGAAUAUUUGGGGUGUGAGUUCAUAUGUGAUUUCCACAUAUCAGAAGAAAUGUUGAAAACUGCUGCUGUAAGCAUUAGGGUGGUGUGUGUGUUCUUAGUUUUCUUUCUUGAGUGGAUUAAUAACCAACCUUUCUAACUCUAAUGUUCAGGAUGAGUGUAUUUCAUGAUAAGAUGGCAAAGCCUGACCAGGCUUUUAGGGAAUAGUUUUAUUUCAUAGUUCACAAAUUAAAGGUCGUCAUCCCCCCAUUUUGUAUGUGUGCAUAUUUUAAAUAUCUGCUUUUAAUUUGUUGGUCUGAAACUAUUUGGCUCUCCAGGUAAAGAAGGGAAAGAGUGUGAUACCAUCUAGUUCUAGGCAUGUGCAAAGAAACCCCAACAGGUCUGAGUGUUCCUCUUUCUCCAUUACUAGUUAGGCAGUUCAAUCCCUGAAGUGGGGGAAAGUGGGUAGAUAAUGCUGUAUGUUUUAAAGCUAGUGUUUAUAAACCCAGUUCCAGCAAUGGGCAAGACUGAACAGUGUUCAGAAUGAACAUGUGGUCUCUUUAUGGACGGUCACUAGGCUUUUUGCUGGAUUGGUUGCCUUGGUGUGUUUGUUUGCAUGAAUGAUUUGAGCGGGGGGGAGGACACUUCACAAAGAUAAGUAGUAGAUAUCUAAAAGCAGGUGUAUUCAUUUAUUUAAGAUAUUUCUGUACUGUUUUUCAGGUGGCCCUCCCAAAAUGGUUUACAUGAAAUGAAUGUAACAAUAGGCACCAAAGUUCAGUAACAUUCAAUUUUUCGCCACAGCAGCAAACCACAGGAGUGUCACUUGAGCUCUCGCAGCCAUCCUUCCCAGAAUGCCUCGCUCUGAGGAAGGACCUCCAUGGCCCUUCUUGAAAAGAGGGAGGAAGUGAUGGGGGGGGAGAGCCUUGCUGGGCAGGUGGCGGCAGCAGUCGCAGCAGGGCCCUCUAGCGGAAGGCCUGGCCUUGCCCUUUGUGGUGGCAAGCAUCGCUUGGAAUGCCACCACAAUACACGUUACAUGGUCUAUGUUACCAUCGCUUCCACAGGGAUGGCACUACAAAGAGUUACACUGCAACUGGCUCUUUGACCAGUGCUGGCAUAGGAACAGCUGAAGCAAUUAGGCUUCGUUGGAACUGUGACAGCAACAGCUAAUGUCUGAACUCUUCCCCCCCCCCUUCCUUCCUUUCUCCCUUUCCCUCAAUCUCUUUCAGGACACUUAAAAGCCGCGUUUCUCGGUGCUGAAGGACAGCCUGAGCAAUGGAGCCUCGGACGCCUCACAGCAUUACUGGGGUUCCCAAUUCCACCGUGGUGGUCCAGCCUCUCCUGGACAGCCGCAUCCCCUACGGCAGGCUGCAGCAUCCUCUGACCAUCCUUCCAAUUGACCAAAUGAAGACCACGCACCUGGAGAACGACUACAUAGACAACCCCACCCUGGCCCAGCUGGCUGCUCAGAAACAUCCCCGGGGCCACCACGAGCCCACCCACCCCCCGCGAUGUGAGCAGGACAUCACCCACCCAUGGAUCUCUUUCAGCGGGAGGCCCAGUUCCAUCAGCAGUAGCAGCAGCACAUCUUCGGAUCAGAGGCUCUUGGAUCACAUGGUUCCAGCCCCGGUAGCAGACCAGUCCUCCCCGAGGGCUGUCCGGAUACAGCCCAAGGCGAUUAAUUGCAAGCCCUUGGACCUGAAGGGACCUGCUUCUCAGGAGAUGGACAAGCACUUUUUGCUGUGCGAAGCCUGUGGGAAAUGCAAAUGCAAGGAGUGCGCCCUGCCCAGGACUUUGCCCUCCUGCUGGGUGUGCAACCAGGAGUGCCUGUGCUCGGCUCAGAACCUGGUCAACUACUCCACCUGCAUGUGUCUGGUGAAGGGCGUCUUCUACCACUGUACCAACGAGGACGACGAGGGCUCUUGCGCAGACCACCCCUGCUCCUGCUCGCAUUCGAACUGCUGCGCUCGCUGGUCUUUCAUGAGUGCCCUCUCUCUGGUCCUGCCUUGCUUGCUGUGCUACCUGCCGGCCACCGGCUGCGUGAAGCUGUCGCAGCGAUGCUACGACCAAGUGAGUCGGCCUGGAUGCCGGUGCAAAAACACAAACAGUGUGAUUUGCAAAGCAUCACCUGAAGGGAAAGUUGGCAGCAGGCCAGGGAAGCCAUUUUGAUCUCUGGAGUGAGGAGGAGGGGCGGGUGGGGGUGGGAAGUGCCGAAAAACAACAGGAAAGGGAGUUUCAUAACCUGCGUUGCGAGUGUAACGUGUCAGCCUUUUGCUUUCAACAAACAAAGGGAAAUGUCUCUUUCCAGGAACUGAAGCACUUUGGGAUUAUUCAGGGGGUUGUGGAAGUGGUGAUCUGUACUUAUUAUGUAGUAGGGAUCUGAAGGAUCUUUCUGAAUAUUUCUUUUUUUUUGCAGAGCAAAGGCAGAAAUCUACUAGAUAGGGCAAUCUGAAGACUGCUUCUGUUCAUUUCUUAGUCUUGGCUGCUUGCUAAGUCUACAUACCACAAGAAUAAUUAACAGAUGGGAUUGGCAGGUACAUCAACAGCUGAAACAGGGUUCUUAUUCCUAGAAGGUGAUAUCCAUUUCAGCCUCCUCCCCCACACUACUCCAACGUUUUAUUUAUUACCUGUAGACCAUUGGCAAUCAAGAGUUAAUGUUCUCAACACUUUAGUAGGGACCCUGCCCAACCCCUCGAUACCCCCUCUUAAGGCAGUUAUUGAAAAAGAUCCUUCUAUCCAUUCCCUAAGUCCUUUUCAGUCAGCCUCCAUGGGCCGAAAUGAUAGAACUUGAUAGGCAGAAAUCAGCAAAUGCUACUUUUUUACAGCAUGGAGAGGCUGUUGCCCUUAGCUGAUUGAUGCAUAUCAAGCUACAGUUGAGGCACAGAUGGAAAAGUGGGCAACCCCACCAGUUUCCUCCUCUUAAGGCCAUUUUUUUCUUCGUUGCUCUCUCUCUUUUUCUUUGGCUUCAUUGAGUGUAUACAAAGAGUGCAUCUUGCCUAGGGACAUGAUCUGUUGGAUGCUAUUGGUGUGGGUGCCCCCCCCCACCUGAACGAUUUUGCCAGUGACAGGAAGAUCUCUGACCUGCAGUCACUGAUAUGGAGAUAAUCCACUGCCUUCAGUAAGGCUACUCUUUGAGGUUUUGAUUCUUAAAGUGCGCUGGCAGCCCUGGCAAAGCUUCCAGUAACAGGAGUGCUUGAGAGACGAGGCCCCUUUUCAGCCACGUGUUUCAGAUGCAUUUGCUUCUGAGCACACAUUUAACACCAAUAAAUUACUUUGCCUAAUCAAAUGGCACAUUUAGGGUAUCACACAACAAGAUCUUGCUAAGGCGAAGAAAAGAAGAAAAAAAAGCUUUGAAGGCACCAAUAUCAUAAACCCUUCCAUGUCAAAUUGUGGCAGCCCUCCUCUCCUUGAAAUAAACUAUGUUCAGCUUAAUUGAGCUACACAUUAGUACUUACAGCAUAUGAGCCUAAACCAGCCUUUGGCAACCUGGUGCCCUCCAGAUGUUGGCUGGGAUUGAUGGGUGUUGUGGUCCAACAACAUGUGGAGGGCACCAGGUUGGUGAAAGCUAAGCUAAGCAAUCACCUUAUCCCUACAUUACCCUUCUUCCACCUUGCACUCACAGGGCCAAUGCAAACUGAGCACAAUGCAUUUGCAUAUAUGUGGGAUGGGUUCACACACACACACACACACACACACAGUGUAUCAGUGCAACCCCAAGCUCACAUGAAAGGUGGAUUUGGUUUUGGCCAAAUGACAUUUGCUCAGUAUUUAAAUUCUCACUUUUAUUGCUGCUGCUCAACUUUUGUCUCCUGUAAAAUAACAUUAUCUUAGUAAAUACAGAGGAAUUUCUUUUAAAAAGGAAAAGAAUAAGUCUGUUUUAGCAUUAAGUACUUUUAGAGGAGCAUGUGGAAGCUUAGCAGUGAAUAUUUGUUACAAACUGCCCAUGAUUUUCAGUAGCCAACAGUUUUCAGCCUCAUCUAUACACUGAAGGUUAGGGUUCUUGCACGAGGGACUGUUAAAUUCCUGUUGGGAAGAGAACAGAAGCACCUCUAUUCAAGACCAAUGUUCCAUUCCCUUAAAGUGGAUUGAUCCCAUUCUAUCGACAACCACAAGGUGCUAAACAGGAAACAGUUCACCAAUAUAAUAAAUCAAACUGAGUGGGUAUUUGUUGCAUGCAAAAAGCUGAACUUAUGUCUCUGCUGGUUUUAUUUUUCAACUUGGAAUUCCUGUACUGGAGUGAUUGUGUGAAAACUGCCUUGUUUUAAUUAGGCAAGCAGUAGGCAAAACCACACUGUCAUUCUCCAAGCAAAUCAGAUUUGUCAUUUGAAAUGAAAUACACACUAUACUGACAGUAGCAAACCAUCGUUCCCCCCCCCCAUUUUGCUUUUACUCAUUGGGGGUUGACUUCAUUUUUUGAGAACUGUAUAUAUUUAUUGAUUGGGAAAUAUUUUUAAUCUUCCUUUUUAUAUUUAUAAUAUGCUGGCUAUGUAUAUAGUGUUUCACAGAAAAAGGGAUGCUACACAUACGUUGUCAAGAUACUGAUUUCUAUAGUUUCGCCUUGCCAAGAACACACUGGGCACAUCUACUGGGAGCAUCUGCCCAUAGAAGUGAAUGGGAGAGACAUCAAGAAUGGCUUUGGUGCCACUCCCAUCCAUUUCAAUGCAGAGUGUUUCAUAAGUUCCUGUUGGGUUGCGCACAGUAUGUUGUACAUAUAUAUUCUUGCACAAACUUGAGGGAACCAUGCAAUGGGGGAGUGGGGGAAAAGAAAGAGAAACUUAGCCAAAAUACUGUUGAAUGUAUAAAUCGCCGUAGCUUUUCAAGGGAUGGUAAACCAGGCUCACAGAGUAUAAGAAGCAAGCUGGGCAUCCAGCCUCAUACACAACACUCUCGGUUAAUUAUAUGCUUUAUUGUAUCUUAUGCUCCUGUUAAUGUGGGACAGCCCUGAUCAGGCAACUACAGAUUCUAGCUGGCUUGGCUGUCCAUAGCAAGUAAGCAAACUGGUGGAUCAGCACUUUGCCAAUUUAUAUAUGUACAUACCCACCCGGAACAUUUCUAUAUUUCUUAUACAAUGUUGUUGUGUUGUUGUUGUUUUUUUUUAAAAAAAAUGAAACCAGGCCUUUAAUUUUUACUGUACAUAGCUCUAAACCACUGAAAUUUCUACAUGGGCUACCCCCCCCCCCGCCAUUUUAAACCUGUCAAGGCCAAUCUGAUGUAAGUGGAUCAAUGUGCUCUAAAAGGCUGUGAAAGGCAAGCCUACACAAAUGUAGCAGAAUGAAGCUCCUUGUAUCGUCCAGGCCCCCCUCUGGUGUAGCAGUCAGUCAGCAUGUUUCUCCGGCUCUUUCCUCGAGGCCUAGCAACAAAGUUGACAAGUUUCAUACUGAGCAUUGAAAGGUUUCCGGAUUAGACCAGCCCAAAAGCCUGGACAACAUUACACUGUUCCUUUUAGAUGGACUUGGCUGCUGUGGUAGCAAAGGAUCCCUCCCGCUUAAGCCAACACACUUUUCCUUUUACGUUUUUUAAAGGCCAUCUUCCACUUUUAAGGUACACACACACCCCUUUUGACAUUGCCUCCAGAUUCAAAACACUAAGUAUUCAAAAGGUUGGAUAAUAUGGCUGCAUACAUUUGAAACUGAGUGAAUGCUGCACUGGCUGCACCCCCCCCCAAGGGCCAAAACUUAUCAGAAAAGGAACCAUCUUUCUUUUUAAUUGUCCCAGCAGGUCAGGCUGGAUCCUGGGGAUGACCCCAUCACUCAAGCGUUGUUGAUCUUGUUGUUGUUUUGCCUUCCUGAAAACUCUUUAUCAUUGCUUUAGCAAAGUAAAAUAUCUAUUUCCUCUUCUGACCCUAGUAAAUGUCUGUCUUGCAGCACUGUGCAUGUUUAGGUUUAUUUUUGUUCAGUUUUGCAGAAAACAGUCAAGGUUCUUCUUUACUUCUUCCAUCAACUGAAAAAAAAUAUUGCCACAAACGUUUUCCUUUGUAUAGAAUAUUUAUUUUGAAGCUCUAUUUUAAUAGUAUUUAUUUUAGAAGUCUACUAUUGUAAGAGUUCUUCUGUUUGUGAAGAAAAAACAAGUUAAACUGAAUGUACUGAUCUAGAAAUUAUAUAUAAAAUAUAUAUUGUU